AUGCCAAUUGUCUGUUUGGGACUGCUCCUUUUCGGUCUGACCUGGGCAGCACCAACAUUUCAACCACAGACGGAGAAAACUAAGCAAGGCUGUGUGGAAGAACAGAAGAUAACAUAUAAAGGCCACCACGAGAAACACGGGUAUUAUAUUUUUAAGUGUGUUUACACAUCGCCGGGAAGAGAAAAUCAAACUGACAUAAAGCUGGAAGAAAGGAACAAAGAUGAUACUGCUCUUCACCAUCCUGGCAAGAGAAGAAAACAAGAGCCACCUCCGAAAAAAAAUAUUGUCCAGGAAAGAGAGAAAGACUUGUCCCUUCUUGAAGCCAAUGAAAAUAACCAAAGUAGCAGAUCUCAAAAUCUUUUUGCAAAUAGACAAACACGGCAUGAAGACCAGAGCAUUAGUAACAAAGAGAAUGCCUAUGAUGAUCUAAAGAUGCCCAUUUAUCCUGAAUCCACUAGAAAUAAUGGGGCUCAGAAUGGAGACGAUGCUAUCAGCAAACAACAUGAGCAAGAAGAAUACAGCGCAGCUCUCGUCAGAAAUAACAUGCAACAUCUAAUGGGGCCAGUGACUGUAACUGCACUCUUGAGGGAAGAUGACAAAAAGAAAAAGCCUAGAAAUGUUCUAAACAAAAUCCUCAGAGGUGCUAACUAUGCUGAAGCCCUCCCUAAAGGUAAAAAGAAUCAUCAAAGACAUGCCCAAGCCCAGAAUAUUCCAGUCCAAAGCAAAAGCACCCAUCGCAUCCAACACAACCGCAAACAGCUCCCAAAAGUCAAAACUAUCCCCAGUGAUUUCGAAGGCAGUGGUUACACCAAUCUCCAAGAGAGAGGCGACAAUGAUAUCUCCCCUUUCAGUGGGGAUGGCCAGCCUUUUGAGGACAUUACUGAUAAAGGAGAAGCUACUGGUCCUGACCUAGAAGGUACAGAUAUUCAAACAGAGUUUUCAGGCCCAAGCGAAGCUGACACGAGAGGGCCAGGUUAUAACGAGAUCCCAGAGAAAGAGAAAAACGGUGGAAAUGCCAUUGAAACCAGGGACACAACCGCAAAAGAGGCUGCUGGUGUUAGGGUUGUGGAGGGCAGCAAUGACAUCAUAGGUAGUACCAAUUUUAAGGAACUGCCUGGAAAAGAGGGAAACAGAGUGGAUUCUGGUAGUCAAAAUGCUCAUCAAGGGAAAGUAGAGUUUCAUUACCCUCAUACGCCCUCAAAAGAGAGAAGAAAAGAAAGUGGCAGUGACGUAACUAAAAGCACUAAGUAUAAUGAAAUUCCUAAAAAUGGCAAAGGUAGCGCUCGAAAAGGUGCAGAUCAUUCUAACAGGAACCAAGAAAUCUUGAAAGAAAGGCAGAGAUUUUCCGGUAAGGGCAGAAGCCAGGGCCUGCCUAUUUCUUCUCCUGGUCUUGAUAAUGAUAUUAAAAAUGAAAUAGGUUCCUACAACGGCCCCACUAAUGAGGAAAAUGCAGUAAUACACGGCUAUGGCCGAAAAAAUCAUUACAUACCCCAUAGAGAAAACAGUGCUACACAGAAUAAGGGUAUGUCACAAAGGAAAGGCUCUUGGCAUUACAGAAGGCCCCAUUCCAAUAGGAGUCCUAGACCCCCUAGAAAGGAUGAUAGCAGUGAGUCAUCUGAGAGUGACAGUUCCAGUGACAGUGAUGGUGACUAG